UCAUCUUGACAGCGGUGAUCUUGUCUUGUCUGAAAGUAUCGCGGGUGAGAUAGUAUUCCCAGCUGGAGGACUGAAUGGAAGAAAGCCAGAUACACAACCGAGCCGAUCCGGGCCAAACCAGGCCGGGUCGAGAUACGAGAGACAGCAACACACAGACAGACAGCAGGGUACAAGGUCAUGGCCCACGGUUGUCUAAGGUAAACCUGUUUACCUUGUUGAGUUUGUGGUUGGAGCUUUUCCCUCAAGAGGAACCAGAAGAGGAUGACCAAAAUCAGAUCCGCAGGUUGGGUCUGGUGGUGGUGCAGGACAGUAAAGUGGUGGGACUCCACUGCUCAGGACCUGAGCUCCACGCAGGACAGGCAGCCAUCAUCCAACACGGUGCCCGCCUGGCUGACUGUCAUCUGUAUUUCUCCAGGAGACCCUGCGCUACCUGCCUCAAGAUGAUCAUCAACGCUGGAGUCAGUCAGAUCUCCUUCUGGCCUGGAGACCCUGAGGUCAGCAUGCUGAGAUCCACCUCUACGAGCCAUCCAAACUGCCAAUCACACAGCCUGCCUAACAGCAUCACAGAGGAGGCCGCACUGGACGCCGUGGCAACAGAGAAGCUCAAGUCCAACAGCCGUCCCCACAUCUGUGUGCUGCUGCAGCCGCUGGCACCCGGCCUGGCACAGUUUAUCGAUGAAACGUCCAGGGAGUGUGAUUUCAUGGAGCGAGUGACUGAUGAUGAACCCGGGAAGAACACAGAGGAACUCUUCAACAGGGAGCGGACGAGACACCUGAAGGAUUUCUCCAGACAGUUCCUGGUAGGGACGUCUCAGCACCACCGGGCAAUUUUGAAACAGAUGGGUUUGGAGAACUUCUGUGUGGAGCCCUACUUCUCCACCCUGAGACACAACAUGAGAGAGCUGGUGGAGGUUCUAGCUGCAGUGGCUGCUGGGGUGCCACAGCAACACUACGGCUUCCACAGGGAAAAGUCCUCAACCGCUGAGCAGCCACUGGCCAAGUCCUCCCUGCCUCCUCGUCAUGAGGGAGUAUCCCAAGAAGUGGCUCGCCAUUGCAUGAUCCAAGCCAGGCUGCUGGCCUAUAGAACAGAGGACCCAAAAGUGGGCGUAGGUGCUGUUAUCUGGGCCAAAGGACAGUCAGCUGGCUGUGAUGGAACAAGGUGUUUGUACCUGGUGGGUUGCGGGUAUAACGCUUACCCAGCAGGCUCACAAUAUGCAGAGUACCCACAAAUGGACACCAAACAAGAAGACAGACAGAGACGCAAAUACAGAUACAUCGUCCACGCAGAGCAGAACGCCCUCACCUUCAGGACUCGAGAUAUCAAACCAGAGGUGCCCACCAUGCUCUUUGUAACUAAAUGUCCAUGUGAUGAGUGCGUCCCUUUGAUCAGAGGAGCUGGCAUCACUCACAUCUACGCCACCGACCAGGACAGGGACAAGGACAAGGGAGACAUUUCCUACCUGCGAUUCAGCAGCCUGAAGGGUGUCAGCAAGUUCAUAUGGCAGAGGAGUCCUUCAGUUUGCUCUGCGUCUUCUCCUCAUCUCGCUAACGGUAAUGUUGGGAAGCACAGCAGGCAGGCUGAGCAGGAGAGCCACAGCAACAAGAAACUGUGCACUAACAGAUCCCACGACUUAACUCCUGCCAGCUGAACAUCAGCC